UAAAUUAAAUCCUCUAACAUAAAUUAUUUUUUGUGUAUAAACUGACCAGGUAGCGGUAUUUAUUUCUGGAUUUCAGAAGGAUAUCGUUGGCAAUGGAAGCCGGAGUACAAAGGGGCAGAUGGGAGUACUGGUGGAUUGCUCUGUGUUUCUUUUUGUUGCCGAGUUUCGGACGGCAGGUUUCAGCUCAGAUAAGAUACUCCAUUCCAGAGGAGGUAAAAGAAGGAUCUGUUGUGGGAAACAUUGCUAAGGAUUUGGGUCUUGAUUUAAACAGUUUGGCAGACAGACGGCCUCGUAUCGUAUCUGGACUUGACGAGUCUCUUUUCCAGGUAAACCAGAACAAUGGCUUUUUAUAUGUUCAUCAGAACAUCGACAGAGAAAAGAUCUGCGCCCGCAAUGGCGUCUGCUCGAUUAACCUAAAAAUAGUCGUCGAAAACCCUCUUGAAAUCCACUAUAUUGAUGUUGAGAUCCUUGAUGUGAACGAUCAUUCGCCUACUUUUAACGAAAAAGAAAAGAGAUUAGACAUUUCCGAAAACACUCUUCAAGGCACGCGUUUUCAGCUGCAAGCUGCACGUGACCCUGAUAUUGGAGUGAAUUCUGUGCGCCUGUAUAAAUUAAGUCAAAACGAACAUUUUGAUUUAGAAAUAAGAGACAGGGGAGAAGACAAACUGCCUUUUCUUGUUUUACAAAAGCCCCUUGACCGUGAGCGCAAAGCUGAACACAAUUUAAUUUUAACAGCAAUAGAUGGAGGCAGUCCGCAAAGAUCGGGAACACUGAACAUAACCAUACUUGUUCUUGAUGUCAAUGACAACCGCCCUGUGUUUAGUCAAGAUGUUUAUUCUUCAACUCUGCAUGAAAACGUGCAAACUGGAACUUUAGUAAUUCAAAUUCUGGCAAGUGAUUCCGACUAUGGUCCAAACGGUGAAGUGUCUUACUCCUUUGGGGGAGACCACAACCAAAACACGUUUGACAUUUUUAGUUUAGAUAGUCUAAAUGGUGAAAUUCGUGUUAAAGGUGAAGUGGACUUUGAAAUAAAUGAUGUUUAUAAACUGGAUAUUCAGGCGUCUGACAAUGGACAGCCACCUUUGACCACUGACUGUAGAGUAAUUAUAAAAAUAAUCGACAUUAAUGACAAUAAGCCCUCCAUAGAUGUGACGUCACUAUCGAACCUUGUGCCUGAAGAUUCUAAACCCGGUACUGUGAUCUCACUCAUUAGUGUUACUGACAGAGACACUGGUGUUAACGGCAAAGUUGUGUGCUCUCUUUCAGAAAACGUUCCAUUUGAAUUAAAACCCUCAGUUCAGGAAAAUAUGUACUCUUUAGUGACUAAAGGGCACCUGGACCGUGAAAUCAUAUCACAUUAUGACAUCACAAUAACAGCGACUGAUUUGGGUCAGCCUCCACUGUCCUCUUAUAAAACUCUGAGUGUGCAGAUAUCAGAUGUUAAUGAUAAUCCGCCUGAAUUUACCCUGAAUCCCAUCGAAUUAUAUAUAAGAGAAAACAACGCUGCAGGUGCGUCCAUUCUCACUCUGAAUGCCUUUGACAAAGACCUAAAUGAAAACUCUGUGAUUUCAUAUCAAAUCAUUAAAGGGAAUGGGACACAAAGUGACAUGACAUCUUUCCUAAAUAUUAAUUCUGAGACAGGCGCAGUUUAUGCGCUUAAAAGUUUUGAUUUUGAAACGGCCAAAAUGUUUCAGUUUCACGUGCUCGCUUCGGACUCUGGAAGUCCGUCUCUGAACAGUAACGUGACAGUGAACGUGUUUAUUCUGGAUCAGAACGACAAUGUUCCAGUGAUCUUAUAUCCAGUCAGUGCUAACGGUUCCGCUGAGGGUGUGGAGGAGAUUCCCCGCAAUGUGAACGCAGGUCAUUUGGUGACUAAAGUCAGAGCCUAUGACGCAGAUAUAGGAUACAAUGGCUGGUUAUUAUUUUCACUGCAGGAAGUUAGUGAGCACAGUCUCUUUGGUUUGGACCGCUAUACAGGACAGAUAAGGACCCUUCGCUCAUUCACAGAAACAGACGAGGCCCAGCAUAAACUGGUCAUACUGGUCAAAGACAAUGGGAACGUGUCACUCUCAGCAACAGCGACUGUGAUUGUCAAAGUUGUGGAGCCCAAAGAGGCUUUUGCAGCUUCUGAUGUGAAAAACGCAGUAAAAGACGAGGAGGAAAACAACGUGACAUUUUAUUUGAUCAUCACUUUGGGCUCGGUUUCAGUGCUUUUUGUCAUCAGUAUCAUCGUGUUGAUUGUAAUGCAGUGCUCCAAAUCUACAGACUAUUCAUCCAAGUAUUUACAAGAGGCAAAUUACGACGGGACUCUGUGUCACAGCAUCCAGUACAGAUCUGGAGACAAACGGUACAUGUUAGUUGGACCCAGAAUGAGUAUUGGAUCUACUAUAGUCCCGGGCAUUAAUGGGAAUACUCUAGUGAUACCAGAUCGCAGGAGGAGAGAUUCUGGAGAGGUAAGACUGGCUGAUUAA